UUAUGGCGGUGAGACACGACUCCUCGGCCGUCGGAGAUGUCUCUUCCGUCUCAACGUCCAUAGAAAGACUGGGAAAAGUUCUCCAAUAAGUAGCCUACAUGAGCGUCUGCAAGUGGGCGUGUUUCUCUGUUGAUUCAACAGUCUCGGCUCUUGUGCGAUGUCGAGGGCGCGAACGCACUUUUCUGGUGAGAAGGGAACGCAGAAGUCUAGCUCUGACGCGCAGUCUAUCUUCAGCUCUUGCUGUCUAAAAUCGCUUCAUUGUGGAGAGGGCUUUGACACAUAUUUGGAACACUACCACCAUGGACGCAUUUCAAGUACUAUCGUUAUAUAUGUUACUGAUCUUCAUUUGGAAUAUACCAUGUUUUCAGUCAGCUGCCAUCAUAUCUCCCUCUGUGCCAAGGAGAAACAAGGGAGCCAAGAUCCUUCAUGAUGGACAAAGGUCAACCAAAUUUCCCAAAGAGAUCUUCGCAUCUUCACCUAUCUUAAGCCAUCACGGAGAAGACUUUAACAAGGACGCAAUUGUGCCCCACGAUUACAUGCUCUCCAUAUACAGGACGUAUUCGGCUGCAGAGAGACUCGGACUAAACGCAAGUUUUUUCCGCUCCUCAAAGUCUGCAAACACCAUAACAAGUUUUGUGGACAGAGGAACAGACGAUCUCUUGCACUCUCCUUUGCGAAGACAAAAGUAUCUGUUUGAUGUCUCAACCCUUUCAGACAAAGAGGAGUUGGUUGGAGCUGAAUUAAGGAUAUUUAGAAAAGUACCCGGGGAUUUGCAAACGUCCCCGACAGGUCUCUAUGACAUUCAAUUACUCUCCUGUCGAUCAGAACGGCUACUGGAUGCAAGAUCCCUUGAUCCUCUGGACUCCCGAAAACCAGGAUGGGAGGUUUUGAACGUGUGGGAAAUGUUUAAAAAUCGGCAUCACUCUGCCCAGGGGAGCCAGCUUUGUCUCCAGCUCAAGGGCACUCUUGGUAAAUCAGAAAUGGAAAUCGAUUUAAAACAGAUGGGAUUUGACAGAACCGGUCGAACUCAGCAAGAGAAGGCCAUCUUGGUGGUUUACACCAGGUCCAAGAAAAGGGAGAACCUGUUCAACGAAAUGAAAGAGAAGAUCAGGUCUCGUGGAUCGGGGAGCAGGUCGGAGGAGGAGAGGGGCCUGCAGUUCAAAGCCAGGCGCCGACGGAGGACUGCAUUGAACAAUCGGCAUGGGAAAAGACAUGGCAAAAAGUCCAAAUCUAGAUGCAGCAAAAAGGCUCUGCACGUUAAUUUCAAAGAGCUAGGGUGGGAUGACUGGAUCAUUGCGCCAUUGGAUUACGAGGCGUACCACUGUGAGGGCGUGUGCGACUUCCCUUUGAGAUCGCAUUUAGAGCCAACAAACCAUGCCAUCAUUCAAACUCUCAUGAAUUCAAUGGAUCCCAAUAGCACACCUCCUAGCUGUUGUGUUCCCACCAAACUCAGUCCCAUCAGCAUUCUUUACAUAGACUCGGGCAAUAACGUUGUGUACAAACAGUAUGAGGACAUGGUGGUAGAGCAGUGUGGCUGCAGGUAGCGUCCUUUUCUUCUGCGUAUUUAAACCCCGCAAAAUCAAAGAUAAGUCACUCGGUCCAGGUCAGGAUAUGAAAGCUGUGGCAUAUCUUAAGCAUAUAGACCCAUGCGUUCUUGCCAUAUCAUGGUGCGCCUAAACUUCACUCAAAAGGGAUCCGCGAGAGACAUCAUUUGUAGCGUAGGCCUAUGCAAGCAUAUUUAUUUUUGAUCAAAUUUAAUCUCCGUACAAUCUCACAUAGUCUUAGAUGUCCAAUUGUUGUGUUAAACUAAUACCUACUCCUAGCCUACAUUUGCGUCCAUCUGAUAUGUUUUUCAAGAGCAUAGUCUAUUGUUUUGCGAGGCCCGGACAUGGAUAGGUAGGUCGUCAUAAACCAUUAGUCCGCAGUAGAGGAGUGGGUAUCAACAUACUAGUGAUAUGCUAUUAUUUGUCAUUUUUCUGAGCAGACUUGGAAUUCUUGAUGUUCCAUCAGUGGAUUCUGUCCGAAAUGGGCACAGUGUAAUGCACCUGUUCAAACUAGGCCGCAGUCACGGGAUAGCCCUUGUGCAUUGUUGCAGCUCCCCGCAACGGUCUUGUAAAGAGGACUCAUUUGUAGCGGGUGUUUCCAGGCUCACUGCCAGUGUCCAGCUGAAACUAUCGAGCUCUUCUGAUGCGUUAUCAAUCGGCCCUAGCACCCCCCCAUCUCCAAUCUCUCUCUUUCAAAUCUAUUUAUUUCUCUCUCUCUCUCUCUCUCUCUCUCUCUCUCUCUCUCUCUCUCUCUCUCUCUCUCUCUCUCUCUCUCUCUCUCUCUCUCUCU